CACAUUUAAACGAGAUUUUAACCAUAUAAAAAGGUGUGUAAAAUUUCUCUCAGCAUCAUUCGUUCACGGAGAUCAGCUUUAUAAGCAUAAAAGAUGAUAUCUAAAAUUAUCUUCUUUACUACCGCACUACUAUUAGUCAGUGCACAAAACUAUGACCACGGAAAUUAUGGUCACGCAACAUCUUCACAAUCUAUAAUUCGCCAUGACGUUGCACAUAACCAGCAUGGAUACAAUGUCCAACCGUACCAUCAACCUAUUGCUAUUCAUUCAGCACCGAUCACCCAAUACGUCACUCCUGUAUCACAUCACGCCCCUCUAACACAUCAUGUAUCACCCAUCUCGUAUAAUCUCGCUUCUAAUCAAGGCUACUCAUCAAUUGGUCAUGUCGCACAUAAUAUUGCACCCAUAUCUUAUGCACCCACUCAUCAUGUUUCACCCAUAACCUACCAUGCUGGCCCAGUCGUACAUCACUCUCCAUUCCGUCGAGUUGGCGUAGUAUCUAACUACGCGGCACCAGCCAUUACUUUGCAGCACUCUAACCAUUAUAGUCAGAACCAAUACGCCCACGGUCACCAGGAUUACUACGCUCAUCCCAAAUACGAGUUUGAGUACAGCGUACAAGACACACACACCGGUGACAUCAAGUCGCAACACGAAGCCCGCGACGGCGACCAUGUGAACGGGUUCUACAGUCUGCACGAACCAGACGGUACCGUGCGCACUGUACACUAUAACGUUGCGGGACACAGUGGAUUCAAUGCUCAAGUUGAACGCACCGGACACUCCACGCAUGUCCAGCCUGCCGGACAUUACGCCCCACAAUACGCCGUCGCUCAUCAUCUAUAGAAACAUAAUGAAAGAACUUUAUUUAUAGUCAUCUUUAUAAUGUCAUGUUUAAUUUUAAGAAAAAAUAGUAAUUGAAUUAAAUAAAUCUAGUCUACUUAUUAUAA